GUCACUACAGUCACGUUGCACUGGUCCCUGCUACUGACUGCUACAGCACUAGUUAAUUGUUUUGUAUAGGAUAGCAUUGCAAAGCAUUCCAACCCAGCAUCAGUGUGAGGGUUCCAAGAUGCUGAUGCUGCGGCACAAUGAUGCUUUCUGCACCGCCUGACUGCAGCUUCCAGUUCGCAUACACCGUGGAAGGGAGCGGCUGGACAUUGGACAUUGGGAGACACUGGGAGACUGGAAGCUGCAAACCACGAUAAUCUUCACCACAAUUUAGCCUGCUGAUCACGUUCCGGUAUUCUGCCUCCAAGUAUCCUUAUACUUGCAGUGUUGGAUUAUUAUAGUGACGACUGCAGGUUGCUCUAAUGUUUCAUAUGACUGCAAUAUAUUAAAUAUAGUGUGGAUUAUAUGUUAUAACGUUGUUAUAAUACAGCAACAGCUGUUUCCUACGUUCGGCUGUUGGUUCAUUUCCAGGCAUUCUUUAUGAAAGCAGUUUAAUUAAUCAGCGACCCCAUUUGUAAUAUGUGCGUCCUUGUUGUAUAUCUCCUCAGGUAAUAUGAACAUGCUCACAGGCUGGAGCCAGCGGUAAUUUAUUAGUAAACGCAUGAAUUAAUGUCAAUGGUUAAGCAUUUUGUCAAAUUGGCAGCGUCUGGACUUUUGUCCGUGCUGAGCCACCGUCGAGAUGGGAGAUCACGUGUCAAAGAGACUGAAGCUAAUGACUGCGAGUGAAGCAGACAUGGAGGAACGAUCUUUUCCCAACCCAUACCCUGACUGGGACCAGCAAGACCCAGCAGCACAACCACUAGACCCCCAAGGACAAGUGAGCUCAGCCUUCCAAGGGAAUGUCCAGAGUAAAAUCAAAGAUCUGCUCGAGCAGAUGGAGGAGGGCCUGAAGACUGCCGACCCCCAUGAUUUCUCUACCUAUACUGGCUGGACAGGGAUUGCUUUGCUGUAUCUGCAGCUGCAUCGUGUGUCCAAUGAGUUGGCCCAUCUGCAACGGGCACUGGACUAUGUUAAGCGAUCAAUGAGAAUUUUGAAUGGACGAAAAGUGACCUUCCUUUGUGGUGAUGCCGGGCCAUUAGCAGUGGGUGCAGUGGUCCACCACAAGCUGGGAAACACUGCUGACAGCAAAGACUGUCUCAUCAGGCUACUCCAGCUGCAGCACUCAUUGCUGAGUCCAGAAUGGGAGAUGCCAGAUGAGUUGCUGUAUGGACGAGCUGGUUACCUCUACGCUCUGCUCUACAUUAAUAACCACAUUGGAGAUGCCACUGUGGAUGACGGCACCAUUGCAGAAGUAGUGACUGCCAUCAUCCAAUCAGGGAAGAAUCUAUCAGUAGAGCUAAAGAAGGCUGAACGCUGCCCGCUGCUCUAUGAAUGGCACAAGAAACAAUAUAUUGGUGCUGCCCACGGCCUGGCUGGAAUCUUUCACAUGCUCAUGCAGCCUGGAGCAAAAGUCCACCCAGACAAGCUCGCUGAGUUGGUCCAGCCCAGUAUUGACUAUAUCCGCCACAAAAGAUUUCGUUCUGGUAACUUCCCAUCAUCGCUGAGCAACGAGAGCGACCGACUGGUUCACUGGUGCCACGGAGCGCCCGGUGUCAUCCACAUGCUCAUCAUGGCUUAUAAGGUGUUUCAAGAGGAGAAGUACCUGAAGGAAGCGGUGGAAUGUGGCGAGGUCAUCUGGCACAGAGGUCUCCUCAGAAAAGGUUAUGGCAUUUGCCACGGCACUGCCGGCAAUGGCUAUGCCUUCCUCUCUCUGUACAAACUAACCCAGGAGAAGAAGUACCUGUACCGUGCCUGCAAGUUUGCUGAGUGGUGUUUGGGCUACGGGACCCAUGGCUGUCGUAUCCCGGACAGACCCUACUCUCUUUUUGAAGGUAUGGCGGGGACCAUCCACUAUCUGUCGGAAAUGGCCGCUCCUGAAACUUCCCGCUUCCCUGCUUUUGAGCUUUGACCUGCUAACUGCUGGAAACUGUAAAGAAGAAAAGACUGAAAUCAUCUGAAUUCUUUAGUUGUUUGAUUGGAUGAAAUGUCAAACCUACUAAAUAGGAGCACAGUAUUUUUGGAUGAAAUUUUCAAAAGGUUUGUUGGACCAAAUCAUCCACACUUGAGAGCAGUUCCAAUAAAUACCAGCCUUUAAUAUCCAACCAAGAAACGCAGUACAUAGUACACAGUACAAGUGCUGUUUGCAUGCGUUUUGCUUGUUCACUUCAGUGGUGUCAUGUUUUCCUCCUGUCCGCGUCUUGUGUCCAAAUCCAUUUCAGCCCCACACAAAACAUGUAUUGCAUAUUUGAAGAUAAUUCCAAGAAGCAAAAAUGAAAAUUUCACAAAUGCAGUCCUUGUUAUUCAUCCAAGACAGACAAUACCGACUACCAAGAUGAAAGUCAACCCCGACAGCAGAAGAAUGCACAUCAAGCCUCAGAAAGCCAAUCAGAGUAAUUCUCUCUUGCAAUGUCUUGCAGAACGCGUCAUAUUCACUCACGUAUGCUGCUACGUCACUCGAGAUUCCUUUCAUACGCUAUAUUUCUUUGUGUAUUGUACAUUUGUUUUCUGUGCAUGUAUUUGUAAUGUUAUGAUCAAAUCAGUUGUGUUGUAUAAACGCUAAAAAACAUUUUUCAGUAUAUUUGACAAAAAAAAAGAGUAAGUUGACUUGGGUCUGUUUAUUGUGCUCCAUAGUUGAGAGAGAUAAGAUGUAAGCUUACCACAUAAAAAACUACAGUAUUCAUGUCGUAUAAUCUUGUCACAGUUGACAAUCUCAAUUCUUAUCCUAAUCCUUCUAUCUGAUGCAGAUGCUUUUAUUGAUGCUGUAGGCCAAGUUAACAACAAAGCACUGCGCCUUUGUGCAAAGGUGGCUAAAGGGUGACAUGGAAGAACACCACGUGUUCAAUUUAGCAAAGCAUCCUGUUAACAUACUGUAUACCAGAACAGGUUUGCACGUCUCACUCAAGCACCCUCCGGUAUGAAAGGUUUACCAGAGGCAGGCAUGAAUACGUGCAAAUCACCUUAGAAAAGCAAAACCAUCCACUCGUACUACAAAUUCCUAACUUUGCAUACGUUGUACAUCAAGUGUGAAAGUCAAAAUGCAACCAAUCUUUUAAAUAUGAUCUCAUUUGGACUAUCAUACAUUAUAUGUAAUUUAUAGAAAUCACAGGGACAACAGCAGCUUUCUCUUUUUAGACUGGAUCUUGACGUAUUCAUCAAAAUAGUCAACUAGAAGCAGGGGCACCACCACAAGCUCUGGGCAAAAUCACAUCGCUGCCCUAUUGGAAUUGUUCCCCCUCCCCUGUCAGUAUGGAGCGCUUGGCCUUGCCUUACUCACUCCCCAAGGACGCACAUAAGUGUCACAGUUAGAGUAGAAGAGUGUGUAUUAUGAUUUUAUUUGUAGUAAACUUUCUUACUGGUUUAAGUGUAGUAUAAUAGUCGCAGCUUGUAGUCCCGCCCCCUCGCUCCUCAACAAUGGCGGCACGUUGCUUUCAUCUUCUCCACUUGUUGUCUGUCCAUUUCAACUGCAAACAGCAGACUUGAACCACAGAGACUUUUAAAGAUACUUGCCUUCGCCUUGGCACUAUCGCUAGCCACACACUGAACAGCACUGGAGUUGUUUACAGAACAGUAAACACUUCCUGUCCCUCGCUUUUAAUGUGUACCGUGUGGGAAACUGUACCGUACUGAAAAAUGGAACUGUAAAUGUAUCCUACUGCUCAACUUGCAAUGCUUUUUAAAAAGAGCCAACUGAUGUUUUAUGAGACAACGAUGUUGGAGGAUUGGUGUUGAUGGUGAGAGAUACACCCACGGUGUAAGAAGGAGAGGUUCCGCAGGUCCUUCAUACCGACCGCUGUCAGGCUCUACAACACCUGCACCACCUGAACCAUGUUGUAGUGCUUUACUUUACUGUUCUCUUUACUUGUCUUGCUUGCUUGCUGCUGUAACAAGUAAAUUUCCCCGCUGUGGGAUCAAUAAAGUACAUACAAUACAAUACAAGAUAAACAGUGACGUCUCUGUCGCCCUUUUCUCAUGUCCUGUUUUCAGAUAAAGCUACGUGUGACUGGUCAAAAUGUGUGAUGACGUAUGUUUCCACACUGACCAGAAAAGGGACAAGCAGGAAAGGGGAGGAACAAAAGCUGCAGCAAACGAAAGCCUAUGGUCUUUCUGACUGCCAAUCUUCACUUUAAGGCUAGCAAAACUACACUGGAUGAAGCUUGUUUUUUUGUUUUCUUUUUGACUUUUGCACAUUUUAGUUUAUAUUUUGUUGUGCAAUGUUUGGGUUGUUUGUUCACUGUAAAUGACUGGAAAUAAA